AUGCAGGGCCAGCGGCAGCGGGGGGCAGGGCCUGGCCAGACACCCCCUCCCAGCAGGUGUCGGAGCGACCUCGCAGAGGAAGCAGGCGACGUUUCCCUCUGCCCGGCUUCUAAAGACAUCGGUGCAAGCAAGGCGCCAGGGGGGCGGAGAGGCGCUGGCGCCGAGUGUCUCUCCGGGGGCGGGGAGGGCUUUUCUACCUGCCCCGCCGGCGGCCCGGACCCCGGGGAGCACAACAGCGCCUGGGGGGAGUUUGAAGGCUUUCAAGAAUCUUCGGCCAAGUCUGAACAGUUCUCCCCAAACUUUGAGCUCCCGGAGAGACCCCCUCAUCCUCGGCGGCAGUCAGUGGCUUCUACCCAAAAGGAGCGUGGUUCUCGCCAGCCUCCCCAGGGCGGGCCUGGGGUGCCAGGAGCCGCGGGCAGCUCACCUUGUGAGCUUCUGCCCACCUACGAGGAUGUGUUCAGGUUUGUUUUUCAAGAAGUACCAGUCCAGCAGGCAACUGAAGGCAUCCCCCCCUUAGACUGCAUCUUAGAACUGCCCGGCUGUGAAUCUGGACAGCAACUGUGUUCUGAAUCUAGAAAACUCUGGAGAGCUCUUCAGAACACAAAUAGCACAUCGGCCUCUCGAUGCCUCUGGAGUGAGUCCCGUUGCCAGGAAAAUCUCUUCCUCGUUCUUGGAAUAGAUGCCGCUCAGAAGAACCUUUCCGGAGACCUGGGUCACAUUCUGGAAUGUUCCGACCUCCAAGAGCCUGAAGAACUGGGCGUGCCCACCUUCCGUCUGCAGCCCUGCAGAGCCCUGAUCCAGACCAAGCUCUCAGGGACUUCCGGCGGCAGACAGGGGAACCUGCUUGCAUGCAGCCUCUUUCUGAAGACCCCCUUACACAGAAACGGGCAGUACCUCACAGUUCCAUGGAAAAAGAAGAUCUUCAAUCCACGUAACCUAAAAAUGACCUUGUUUAAUAGUGACGUUUGCUAAAACGGGAAUACUUUGUAUUUUUAUCAGGAGUUUUACAUUUUC